CUAUCUUAUGCCAGGACACACACAUGAGGACAUCGACCAGAUGUUUAGCAGAUUCUCGACACAUUUAGAAAGGGAAGAUGCACCAACGAUUCCAGAACUGUUCCAACACUUGACAAAGGCAUAUACACCAAACCCAGACUGCAGACUCAUGACCAGUAUGUGGGACUUUCGGGACAUCAUUGACAAGGAAAUUGCCGCCAUUUCUGGUCACUCACGACCACACCAGUUCACAGCCAAGCUUGUAAGUGGAAAAGUCCAACUAAAAGCAAAGCUGUGGCCCGACCCCGAGGAACCAGAAGUUGACAUCCCUGUGAAUAGAUUCAUCCCCCAAUUCCCCAAAUGCACAUCUGUAAAAGAGUGGAAAAUAAAUGAGCUUGACAGUAGAAUAGUAGAACACAAGAUUGCAUUGAAGUCAGUUGAAGAAGAUUUAGAAAAGUGGGCAGAAACCCCAAUGGACAAAGUUUCCUUCACCACAUUUUGGACAAAAUUCUUAGUAGAUGAGGAAAGGCAACCAGGAAAACCAGCUUGGAGGUUGAGUCACCUUAAACAUCAUAUGCCACCCCUGGAUGAAAAAUCAGUUAUUAAUGAUGAAACAAGGGCUUCAUUGGAGAAAUUAAGCAGAAAGAACAAAGCACCAAUUCAAAUUGUGGUGAAGGGGAAACCAGGAAACAGGAAAAGAAAACUGCAAAAGGCAGAUGUUCAGAGGUCAUGUCCAAAAAAGGCACGAAAGUAAAGGUUUGACUGCAUGAAAAAAGUCAACUCCAAUAAAGUUAACUCCAUUUCAUGUCAAAGUCUAAGCCUAUGGGGUAAUAUUAUGCACAUCGUUGAUGAUGAUAAUGUUUUUGUUUUCAAUGUUAUUGUACCUCACACAAUAGUUGAUCAUCGUGUGUUAAUAAAGGGUAAACACCCUGAGUGGUACAUCAUAAGAUACAUGACAUUGUGUAAAGCCUGAUUGGUUGGUCAAAGAAACCACAAUUAGCAUACAAGGUGGUUUAUGACUUGGGUUUCCCUUCCAGACACAUAAGACUAUGGAAUGUACCAUUACUCAAAGUAGUUUAGUAUUUAGUUGAUAGUACCCUGAAGUCUUCCAGACUGUAGUUUUCUUACAUGCUCCAAUGAUUCAAGCCUAUCAGGGCACCCCACCCUUACUACCUGUUAGGAGACUGAUGUAGAGUUCACAUUUCAUGUAGUGUAGCAUUCUGAGAAGCUCAGAUUUCUUGAUGCUAUUAUAUUUUGUUUGAAGUGAUGUUCCUAGUACCAUUUUUUUCAUGUAAAUGUUACUACCCAACAAGUAAGGUUGAAUAAAGCAGUAGUUCAGAAUUUAGUUGAUAGUACCUUGCAGUCUUCCAGACUGUAGUUUUCUUACAUGCUCCAAUGAUUAGCUUAUCAGGGCACCCCAACCUUAC